GUGUGUCGGAGGUGGAAUAUUCGAGCACAGUACACACGAGGGUGAAGGCCACUCGGCGUCUAUUGCCUGGACACACAGCAGAAUGGCGGACAAUAAACUGUACGAAGCUUUAAAUGUCUCAAGAACUGCUUCAGAUACCGAAAUCCGUAGAAAUUAUCGGAAGCUUGCUAAGGAAUACCACCCAGACAAAAACCCUGCUGCUGGUGAUAAGUUUAAAGAGAUCUCCUUUGCCUAUGAAGUGCUAACAGAUCCCCAGAAACGUGAGAUUUAUGACCGUUAUGGCUUGAAAGGGCUUCAGGAAGGAGACAACAACUUUGCUGGGGCAGAAGACCUCUUUGGUCAUUUCUUUGGUGGAGGUGGGCCAUUUGGUGGUUUGUUUGGUGGAUUUGGAGGAGGAGGCCUACGGCACGCACAAAGAAGAGGACCAAGACGGGGCGAGAAUACUGUUCAUAGGUUGAAAGUUUCGUUGGAGGACUUGUAUAAUGGAAAAGUAUCAAAACUGCAACUCUCAAAGAAUACCAUCUGCACUGCAUGUGGAGGUGAGGGUGGACCGGCUGGAGCGCUGCAACCAUGUCGGACAUGUAGUGGACGUGGGGUCAAAGUUACCAUUACCCAGCUAGGUCCAGGCAUGGUGCAACAGAUGCAGAGUCGUUGCCAAGAUUGCGAUGGGGAAGGUGAAGUAAUCAAUGAGCGUGACCGAUGCCAAGUAUGUAUGGGUCGCAAGGUUACACCACAAACGAAGUUACUGGAGGUACAUGUAGAUAAAGGAAUGAAAGAUGAACAACGUAUUACUUUCCGUGGUGAGGGUGAUCAGAUGCCUGGAGUUGAGCCCGGCGAUGUUAUUAUUGUUCUCCAGGUAAGACGUACAGUACGUGUGUGUUGAACUAGCCAUACGUCAAGCUCCUGUUGUGUUGGAUAAACCAAAAAUCUUUAGUUC